GAAAGUACAUAAAAUAAUACCUCAUGGGAUUGUUUUGAUUGAUUUGUUAUUUAUCAAGUUCUAACAAGCUAAAUUCUCAGACUGUUCAAUACCGAAAAGUCUCACCCAAUUGAUUUCAAAUUGUACCAGGGAUGAUUUUGGCUGUAUCCAAGAAUGAUGAUGAAGGGAAAAGAAAAAUGCCAUCGGUGGAAGUUGAAACAGUUAAUAAGACGGGAAGAUCUCAUCUAAACGUUCAAGUUAGGAAGUGCCAUUACAUUGAUUGUGAUAGCACUUCAUUAAAUGGAAUUGAUCUUAAAUGUGCUCCAAAGGCUUCAAGUAUAAAUAAUGCUGAGCGUAGAAGACAAUGGUUGAUAAACAUGGGCUUGCCUGCUGAUGAUGAGCGAACAGAUAUUCGAUGUUGUGUCAAACACUUUGACAUAAAAUUUUUUUACGGAAAUGGUAAACUGAUCAAAGAUGCAGUACCUAAGCCAUGGAUGCCAGCUUUACCGACGAGAAAUCUAGAUCCAGAUGUGGAAGAUGUCAAUCCAAUUGGGGAGUCUUUGGAUUGUUCAAUACGAAAAACAUUUGAUGCUGUUGACGGUCCAUUGCGAGGAUUGGUGAAUAUGGGGAACUCAUGCUAUAUAAAUUCACUUUGCCAGGCUUGGUUUGCAUGCAGCUGGAUUUGGAUGCUGCUUAAUAAUCACAAAGAAGAAAGUUGCCAACUCUUGAAGUCUAAAAGUUGCAUUAUUUGCUUGCUGAAAGAAGUUGGUCGUGAGGUAACAAAAACUUGUGCUGAGCCUUUCACACCCUUGGACUUGCUUACACAAAUUUGGAGCACAAAAGAUUUUGACGAAGGUUUACAGCAGGACUCCAUGGAAUUGCACAGAAUGUUACUCGAAAAGAUUGAGUCGUUGGAUAAGAAGGGAGUGAGUGAAGUUUUCGAGGGCAAAGAAGUUUUUGAGCGUCAAUGUUUAGUGUGCGGCAAAACCCGGUAUUUAAGUCAGCCCAUGUACGACCUUUGCCUACCCAUGGCAUCUGAUUUGAAGGAAGCUCUGCGUAUUUACAUGAACAGUGACGAUAGCUGCGUUCAUGAGCCGUAUUGCUCACAUUGCCACAGAGGAACUCCACAAAAGGAAAUAAUUUAUUUUCAGGAGCUUCCAAAAGUUUUGGUAAUUCAACUGAAAAGGUGAUUUUGAUUCAAAUUUUGAUGAGCGUUGUGUAACGGGGAUUUAUUUAAUUUAUGUUUUUUAUUAUUUUUUCAAUUUAUUAUUAUUUACUCUGUAAUUAAUUUUGUUUCUGUUUCCAGCAAUCCAAAUGAAAAUGUGCAGACCCAUUAUGUGACUAACAAAACUGAGAAGAACAUAACUUUUAUUUUUUCAACUCGUCUUGUUUUUUUUGCAAGCGUUAUUUUUAUUUGUUAUCAGGGAAGUUUUAGAGUUAAAAAAAGAACAUUUUACUUUGUGAUUUCAUUUUGUAGGUACAUGGGUGAAGGAAUGUUAUUGGUGGUGUUGAAAAAGUGAUGUCUGUGGUUUUGUGUUGAUGUGCCUCAUCAGGUGGUGUGUUCAUUUCAAAGAAUUAAUUAAUACGGGAUCUGGUAUGGAUUGAAUAAGUGAUAUUAUAUUCAUACUAAAUUAUUCUCUAUUCAACUUCAAUAAUAAAAAU